AUGCCGACCGUCAAGAGCAAGAAGAAGAAGGCGAAGAAAGAGGUCAUCGAUGACGAGGAGCAGGGAGAAGUGGCGGUGGACAUGGAGAUGGAGGAAGUGGCUAACAGGAGCCACUCUGACAGCAAAGACCAGCUGACCCCGGAACCGCCAGAUCCAGCUCCACACAAGAAGAAGAAAAAGAAGAGGACAGCAACUAUCGACCUGGAGACGGAACACGCCGACACUCCAAACGGUAACAUGUCGGAGCCGAUGGUGGACGGGGAGGAAACAACGGUCGCUGUGACGAGAAGAACCAAAAGAAAGAGGAAGGCCAAGGCGGCAGAGCACUACAGUAACGAACUGGGAGCUGAAGACGAGGACAUGGUCACUGAGGCCCAGUCUCCCAUCCCCCAGCAUUCCCUGUUCUCCGCCCCGCAUGGACACAGCCAGCCGGUGGGCAGAGUCUUUGUGGAGAGGAACCGACGCUUCCAGGCCGAGCGGGUGGACCACCUGAGACACUCGGAGCUCAUGGACGACUACAUGGACCCCAGACAGAUCUGGACCACCAGAGACAUCGCCUUGAAGGUCCACAGCGGCUUCAGGGUGGUGGGCCUGUUCUCGCACGGCUUCCUGGCUGGAUACGCCGUGUGGAACAUCAUCGUGGUGUACGUGCUGGCCGGCGAGCAGAUGACCACGCUGCCCAACCUCCUGCAGCAGUACCACCCGCUGGCCUACCCGUCCCAGUCCCUGCUCUACCUGCUGCUGGCCAUCAGCACCGUGUCCGCCUUCGACAGAGUGAACCUGGCUAAGACCUCCAUGGCUCUGAGAGGUUUCCUCACUCUGGAUCCUGCUGCUCUGGCUUCUUUCUUGUAUUUCAUAGCCCUGAUCCUGUCCCUCAGCCAGCAGAUGACCAGUGACCGGAUCCAUCUGUAUCCCACAGCCAACGAGACGCUCUGGCCUCCGGGCUCUGAGCAGCAGAUCCUUCGUCCCUGGAUCGUGGUGAACCUGGUGGUGUCUCUGCUGGUGGGGCUGGCCUGGGCGGUGGUCUCCACCCGGCCGGACGUCGACUACACAGAAGAUUUUCUAAUGACGAUGGAGGUUGAAGGAUUCCCGAGAUCAGAGGAGAACCUGGAAAUCCCAGCAUGAAGAGACCUGGGCCCCCUGACCCCUGACCCC